CCUCCCGCCCCUACGCGGCGCGGGCGGGGACCCACCGGUUCCGCUCCGCAUUAGCAGCGGAGAAAGGAGGACCCCCGGGAGCGGGAUCCCGGCGUCUGGCCGCCCAAGCCCUGUUCAGGCUUAGGCCCGCAUGGAGGGGACUGCGGAGUCCCAGACGCCUGACCUGCGAGACGUGGAGGGCAAGGUGGGCAGAAAGACCCCUGAAGGGCUGCUCCGCGGGCUGCAGCGAGGCGAGUGGGAACCGGGAACCUCUGGCGCCCUGAUGCUCCCGGGGGCGCCGAGGACGGGCCACAGCCUGGGGGACAAGAUCGUGGCGCUGAGGAUGGAGCUGGCUUACCUGCGAUCCAUCGACGUAAAGAUCCUGCAGCAGCUGGUGACCUUGAACGAGGGCAUCGAGGCGGUGCGCUGGCUGUUGGAGGAGCGAGGCACGUUGACCAGCCACUGCAGCAGCCUCACCAGCAGCCAAUAUAGCCUGACAGGCGGGAGCCCAGGCCGCUCAAGGCGAGGCAGCUGGGACAGCCUGCCAGACACCGGCUCCACCGACCGGCUAGAUAGUGUCUCCAUCGGCAGCUUCCUGGACACGGUGGCCCCCAGUGAGCUGGAUGAACAGGGCCCCCCUGGGGCUCCCCGUGCUGAGAUGGACCGGGCAAAGGUUAUACCUGGGGAGAGGGCUAGGACUGAGGUGGAUCUGACAGCCACCAGACUAGGGAACUUGAGGGCUGUGUGGAAGCCCCCAGGGGAGGGGCUCCAGGGUGUACCUCCUGAGCUACCAGAGGAUGAGAGUGCCAAGCUGGGCUUUGAGGCCCACUGGUACUGGGGGCAGUGCCAGGAUGAUGUGACCUUCCUGUAACAACUUUUCCAUCCUUUUGUAUUCCUAUGGCUCUUUCAUCACUAGGUCCUGGUCUCCAUCAAAAUUUAUUCUCCCUCAAUCUGGGACUGGGAAGAGGCUGCAUUGAAAUCAGUUACCAUGGACACCGGGCCUCACCAUCCCUCUGGUUCCUGGGGAGGCUCUGUCUUUAUCCUUCAAUUAUUGGGUCUCUAGAGCUGUUUCCAUAGAUACAUUGACUCUAGAGGCUUGACCUGUGGCUUCUGAUAUGAUGGUAUCUCUUCCCCUUCCCCCCCACAACUAGGUAAGGAUUUCAGGGAUUUCGGACCCCUAGGAGAUGAAGAGGUGGGAUUGUAAUUACCUUACCCAACGCCUAGGAGUCUUGGCCCCUCUUGGCCAAGAUGGAGGAUUGCGGAGGGACGUGGACAUUCAGGGCCAACCCUCCAUGGAUUGGCCCUCCCAGAAGCCUUUGGGGUUGGUAGAGCUAUCCCUUCCUGUCUGGUGGGUGAUGUCAUUUCCUGCCAGAAUGGAUUGGCCUUUCCUCUGUACUAGUCUUUUAGUGGUGAUAAGUCAAUAUAGGGGUGUCUUAGCCGCUGCUGCUAAGUGAAACCAUGUAUGUUUAUUCUCCAUACCAUUACUUCUUGUGAGUGGAAACAUACCACUCCUCCUGGCAGGAGAGUUUUACUCUCAGAUGUUUGUCAGAAACAUUCUUACUUUUUAAACAGAGUGUUCUCGUUUUAUCCUAGGGGGUCUCACUUCCUCUGUGGCCACCUCCCUGUCUGGUGCCAGCACUCCUAUAUCUGUGCUUGCAGGGAGGGGAACUGGCAGGGGCCCACCUAUUGCUCUCAAAAGUCAGUUUGUCCAUCUUACCCUGCCCCUGGGUUGCCCACAUUCUUGUAUUCUAGCUCCAGAUCUGUCUGCCAGGAGGUUCAGCCUUUGUGUCUCCACCUUCUCCAUUUCCACUGGGCCUCAGGCCUUUUAUAUGCAGAUGAGUUCCCUAGCCUUCUCUCCUCAUUGCUGAUGGGAGCCAGAGGGAGGAGAAGCUGGAGGUCUCUCUCAGAGCUCUGAAGGUGUACCAGAAUCUCCAAAGGGGGGAGGUGUCUUCUUUGAUCCUGUGGUUCCCCUUCCCCCACCCUGCCCCAGACCUCCCACCCUUUGGUCACAAGGAUGCCUGCUGGAGGCUGGGACACAAGGAAUCCCUUUGUCUGGGAUACAAUGGAGGGGUGUGGCAGGGAAAGACAGAGGCUCUUUGGUCCUAGGGCCCAUAUCCUGGGAGUGGGGAGAGAUGAGGGAAAGGCGGCUUUCCUUCCUCCCUUAUAGCAAGCCCUAGACUCCUGGGACCUGAGGAGGGAGCAGGGGACUGGUUCUGGUCCUGGGUUUCAGGGCCCUAGUGAAUUAUAUCAAAGAAGGAAUUCAGGGAAUCUGCCAGCCUGGGGCACAGGGAGGGAACAGGCCCAGAGAUGGGGGAGGACGAGGGCUGUGGCUGAUGUCAGAGAAUGAAUGCUUGGAGAUUAACCUGUUGAACCCCAGGUAACUGCCCAUUUGUUGGUCCCUGUCUUUCCUGGGCCCUGGAACUAGACUACUGGAAGGCAAAAAGGAGAGAAAAGGAUGUCAGGUAAUCCUUGCCUGUUUGCUGUGCCCUCCUGAGCUGGAGGAGUCUUCCCCAAAUGCUAGAGUAACUCCUACAGUUUCUCUACUUUUCAUUCUAUGCUGAGGAAGGGAAGGAGGCCAAGUUGAUCAUCUCCACUUCCCCGAAACUCCUCAAGUCUUGUUCUACAACCCCCACCCCAAUCCUUUUGGGGCAAUACGUUCAGUGUGUGGCUCUCCCCUAAAGACCGUCUCUCCUCCUCCCCUCCCCUGAAAGUGACUGAAAUCUCUAAAGUAUAUUCUUAGCCUCUCCUCUACUGCCCACCAGCUGUGUCCUUACCACCCCUUCUGGUCUUGGGGCUCCUGACUUCCCCUUGGGCUGGGAAUUCAAAUACACUUUUCCUACUCUAUUGCCAUUUUGUAGUGUGCCCUUGGGUAAACUACUCUCUCACUUGGAAGUCUUGUCUUCCUUUUGAAGCUUAUUUGUUCAUUUAGUCUACAAACUUCUGAACUGAAGAGGUUGCCCGCCCUCUGGUGGCUGUUAUGUACCAUUGCCAGGGGUAGCUGGAUGGA